AUGUCAGAUCAUAUGGUAGAGAUGCCAUCAUCUAUAUCCAAUUGUGCUGCUGCUACAGUUGGUGAUAUCAGAAGUAGAAUUGUUAGGAACAAACAAGCUAUUAUCGAUAAUAUUAAAUUCAUUGCUUUUGUGAUCAUUCCUAUUUUAACGUGUAUAGUGGUGAUACCCUAUAUUGUUAAUCCAUUUACCAUUGAAGAGUUUAAAACCAAUUUCAAAGUAGUAUUGUUGACACAACCAUUUUGUCAACUUCGUCCUGAAGAAUGUUCACAGUUAUUGGAUCCAAAUUAUGGUGAUCCUCGUUAUUUAAAAAGGAAAGAAUUUGAAUUUUUUGAAUUGGUUUAUGUUCGUCAUUAUUUGGUUGAAAUGUGGGAUAACUUUGUCCUUAGAUUAGUUAGAGUAUAUCCUUUAAGACGGUUUAUUAUGAUAUUAAUUCAAAUCCUUGAUGGACCCUUGGAAAACGCAGAACAAUUUUGGAAAAGAAUGGAUGAAUCAACAGAAGUGGUUUUGGCUGUAUUCAAUUCAAUGUUCUUUGCUACCAUUCAAGGUGUCAUCGUUUCAAGAAUGUGGGUGUUCUUGAUCUUUGGCUUUAUUAUCACAAUUUCAGAAUCUUGGGCAAAUGUAAUGGAAACUUUAUCAAGAGUCUUAAGAACAGCUAAUACUGUAUUUUGA